GUUACGUGUUUCCCUCUCCCUCAAUCUCUCUCAUUCAUUCUCUUUCUCUCUAUCCAUCUUUCUUUCUAAGCGUUUGGUAUUGCCGGAAAAUACUAGAUAUUCUUUCUACAAUCAUUCAUUCUCAAUAAUUAUAUAUUAAUUAUGGAUAAUUCUGAUUAUUAUCUUCUUCAGCACCACCACCAACCUGAUCAUGAUCUUCAUCACCUAAACAACAUUCUAAACCAACAACAACAAAUCAUCACAACUACGAUGAAUCAUAAUAAAGGAUCAUUAGAGACGACGGCUCCAAUGGUUUUUGUCAUCAUGGGUGUUAGCGGCUCUGGCAAAACUACCAUCGGCGAGUUGUUAGCAAAGACGAUGGACUUUGGUUUUCUCGACGCCGAUGAUUUCCAUCCACUAGCAAACAUAGAGAAAAUGAGUCGAGGGAUUCCACUCAACGAAGAAGACAGGAUACCAUGGCUGGAAACUCUACGAGACACGCUCCGAACGAAGAUCAACCAGAUUGUUUCGAGCAGUAAUGGUACUUACGACGACGCUGAUGACGACAAGAAAAGGAAAGCAGUCCUCUGUUGUUCCGCUCUGCAGAAGAAGUACAGAGAGAUUCUGAGAACUGCUGAUCCUAAUUACAAGCCAGGGAGUUAUGUUCCUGGCAGGGUUAAGUUUAUUUACUUGGAGACGCCGUUUGAGGUGUUGUUGAACAGAGUUAACAAGAGAGCAGCACAAGGAAAACAUUUCAUGCCUGCUUCGCUGUUGCAGUCGCAAUUAGACUUGCUUCAGAUUGAUAAUGAACAAGAGAAAGACAUCACGGUGGUUGAUGGCACUCUGCCUCCACAGCUCAUUGUAAACGAUAUCCGAUCACUCAUUCUGUGAUCUGUGUAUCAAUUCACUUGCAACAUUUGUUGCUAAGAAAAUAAAAUUAACAGUUUCAUAAA